AAGAAAAUUGUAGCCUCUUGCCGUUAAAUGCUCUGCUUGCCCCGCCUAUUUAUGGCUCAAUAAAACGCAGCAUUUAGUCUGUCUGAAAAACACGCACGCUCUUCAGACAGUACAGGAUUUGACGGCUGGAAGUCACAGCCAAGAACGGGCUGUCAAACAAACCGUGGCCCAGCAGCCGGCACUCAUCCUCGGACGAUCUGUGCAAUAACCCCGCCGUUUUCCCCUCUUUGGAAUAACAGUCAGACGGAUCUUUAAAGGCACAGUUGUUGUAACAAAACGGAUGACAGUGUGGUAUUUAGCAAUGGGAGAGGGUUUGGGACCUCUCCCCGCUGUAGGAUGGUAGCCAGCAGCACAGUGGACGGCCAUGACAAGACACACUUGUCAAGCUCAUUGUCAUCAUCAUCAUCGUCAUCGUCAUCAUCAUCAUCAUCAUCAUCUUCAGCAUCAUCUUCCUCUUCAGCAGCAUCAUCUUCCUCAUCCUUCUCCUCAUCCUCUUCCUUGUCUCUAUCAUCAUCGUCAUCAUCGUCGUUCCACGCAGAGUUUGAGCAGUUUCAACAGUGGGCCGCGGUCGAGCCCAGUCCCAGGUCUGUGCUCUCUGUGUAUCCGACCCACUUUCGCGUCUUCGCCUGUAAAGAGGACUGUAAGAUCAUCACAGACACCGCCGCCAAGCUUGAGCGCAGCGGCUUCUACUGGGGUCCGCUGGGAGUGGAGGACGCUCAUCGCAUGCUGAGGGACGCUCCACUGGGCAGCUUCCUCAUCCGCGACAGUCGGCAGAAAGACGUCUUCUUCACUCUGUCCUACCACGCCAAGAGUGGACCGGUCAACGUGCGCAUAGACUACAAACAGCAAAAGUUCUCAUUGGCGGGGAACUCGCGCUCCUUCCUCUCUCUCUUUGCCCUGUUGGAGUAUUACAUCAACUCCCCCAAAAAGAGCCUCAGUGUCCCGUACAGGAAAUGGAAGCCGACGCUGCAGGAACUGUGCAGAAAACGUAUCAUGGAGCUGUGCGGUGGCUCAAGCAAAGUCCCAGAGCUGCCGGUCACUCAUGUGGCCCAAAGCUUCCUGGUGGAUUUUCCCACAAAAUUUCCGCGUCAACUUUGUACACCAACACCAACGUCCAGGACAGUUGAGGACAUGAGUGAAUCUUUUUAUCAUGUGCUGGACGUUAGAUUUCAGUUCCCAUGGUCACACACAUCGACGUCUUUCUCUGAGUUAAGGAGCCGCAAAAUAUGUUUUCAGAAAAGGAACACAGAGGGUGUUCUCCACAGAACUUCAUCUCCGACAUAUUUUUCCUCUAGGGAGUCUGCUUUGACUUGCACACGGACACAGCGUCCUUUGUCCUCGCAGAAGCGUGAAGAGUCUGAAAAUGAUGCAUUAAGAGACAAUUUGCCAGACGGACUGAAUGGGGUCAAAGCUGAGGGGCGGGAUGAAACACGCUCGUCGUCUCAAUCUCUAAGUUAUUUAUUUAAACUUUUUGAAAGGACUUCACGGACUGAAGAGGUGACCGUGAGACAUGGAGACAUCUUCUGGGACUAUCACGACAGAUAGCAGCAGCAUUUAUGUUUGUAGCAGUUCAAUAAUACUCUAAACCUGUCUGAAGUUUACAUCACAACUGAAUGUUUGCCACUGACGACUUAAGAAACCACUUCUUUUGAAAACGUGAACGCUCACAUACUGAUGAUGUGUGAUGUGCAGUACUGUAUGUAGAGUUCUUAACCUCGUGACCACUGUGUCUGCCAAGCAGACGGUAUAAUAUAUUAGUUGUUUUUUUUUUUUGUACCACCAUUAUUCUAAAUAAAGUUUAUUUUA